AUGGUGGGGUCGUCCCUCUACUUGCUGCUUCUCCUCACCCAUGUAGUGCAAAUCCAAUGCUAUAAGUUCCAACCGCAUAAAAGUCUCAUCUCAGGGAAGCCCCCCUUGGGGGACAGCCAAACGGAGAAGCACGAAAUAAAGUCGAAGGCAUUAAAGAAGUUGUUCGAACGGAAGUUAAUCCACUACGUAAGUGACGUAAAAGGUGUGGAUGCCAUAUUGUAUAAUAAUGAGACGGAACCGAAGAGGGAAAAGAGGAAAGCAGUCUACCUAGGAAUUGACGUGAACUGCAAGUACCUUCACUUGGGGAACCUCGUACAGUUAAUCACACUAGACAUUCUGCGGAACCAUAAUACGGACGUGGUGGUACUGCUGGGGGGAAGCACAACGAAGAUUGGGGACCCGUCCUUUCAACAGGCAGAACGGAGGAGACCAAUUGAGGAGGAAAUCUGCCACAAUGAAGAGAGCAUAAGGAGGAGCAUUAUUAGGUUGCUCCUUCGGGGGGAAGCGCCUAAUAUUGGGACGUCCCCCGGGGGGACAUCUAAUAUGGGCACGUCCCCCCUGGAAGAAUUUUCCAUCCACCCGCCCGACAGAGGGUCGCUCACCAUAGUAAACAACAGACAAUGGUACAGCCAAAUGGACUUAACCGACUUCCUAACCCACGGGCAGCACUUCUCCCUUCACAAAAUUUUAAAAAAAGAAUGUUUUAAGGACAAAUUGAAAGGCAACAAUUUAACGCUGAAGGAUCUAAACUACCUUAUUUUGCAAUCGUACGAUUUUGUCCAUUUGUUUAGGAAGUACAGGUGCUUUAUACAAAUAGGGGGAUCGGACCAAUGGGGAAACAUCCAGUCGGGCAUCGAACUAUGCCAGCACAUGCACAACACGCAGCUGUAUGGACUAACUACCAAUUUGCUGCUUCAUAAGAAUAACACGAAAUAUAGCAAAUCCCAAUUUGAGCAGAAUAGGAAAAUACCCAUCUGGAUUGAUAAGGAGUAUACCCCCCCUUUUCUCUUUUGGAACUUUUUAAGAAACAUCGACGACCAGCAGGUUCAUUCUUACGUUUCUAUGCUCACCGAUUUGGACGUCCAAAAGGGGGAUCCUCCAAGUGGGGUUACUUCAGGGGGGGGUGAUGACCAUGUGGAUGACCAUGUGGAUGACCAUGGGGAUGACCAUGUGGAUAACCAUGACGAUGCCCUGAUCAACCGAGCGAAGGAAAAACUCGCCGACUACGUCACCACAUUUAUUUACGGAGCAGAAACUGUGCACACAAUUCACACACUAAGUAGACUUCUAAAGGAGGACGAGUUUGCAGUGAUUGACCGGGUCGACCAGCUGAAGGUGUUCCCCUUUAUCCUAAUUAGCAAAAAUGAAUUACAAAAAAACGACAUAAGCAUUGUGCACAUUUUGCGCAAAUUCGAAGUGGCGUCCACUAAUAAGGAAGCCAAGGAGAAAGUGGCCCAGAGGUGUAUCUACCUGAACAAACAACUCAUAGAUAAUGCCAAAUACAAAUUAAGUUUACCGUCUUCCUUUGUAAAAGCCAAGGAUGGAAAUUACUAUGCCAUUUUGGGAUUGGGCAAAAAGACAUACUACUCGAUAAUCGUGCAAUGA